GCCAACCGUCCGGGCUCCGCGGCCAACAACGUGCCGGGUCAGCCCCAGGCGCAAACCAGCCUGCCGCCGCUGCAGGCCCAGCAGGCCCAGCAGGGUUUCGGCGGGUACCCACAGCUGGGACCCCAAUACGGGGCCGGACUGGGCUCCCUGGGCGCGCACCAGGGUGGCGCGGGAUCGCAGAGCCAUCACCAGGCCAGCGGCUAUGGGAACUACGGGGGCGCGGCCGGGUUCGCGAACUACUACGGUAACAGCGGCCGCGGCGGCUGGGCAGGCAACUAUACUCAUUAAAGGGGAUCCAGGCGUUGAAGUUCUCUGAUCAUCACUAUUCGUUUUGUUCCGGAUGAUGAAAUCUGUUGAUUCGCUUUAUCACUUUUUUUUUUAUUCAAUGAGGAUGGCCAGCUGGGAUGAAAACAAAAUCAUUUAUAUCAUUUUCUUUUUUUUCCCUGCUCUGCGAUGUUCCCCUUGGUGCUUUUAUCUUUUAUCCUUACUCUGUCUUUCCAUUUCCAUCAAACUUGUUCCAUGUGUAAUCUCUACUCUCUAUGGGGGAACUUGGCUGGUGUCGUUUUCGUUUUCUUUUUCUUUUUUCUUUUUUUCUUUUUUUUUUCUUUCCCUUGGGAAAUAUGGUCUCUCCCGGAUUUGCGUUUUCACGAAGCUGUACUGAACUGAGCAAAAAAACCAGAAUUUGAUUUUUUUCCUCAUUUUACACGGCCGACGACGAUUUUCAUUUUGCCUUUUUCUCUGUCGUUCUCGUCUUGUCUCGUUCAUGGUCUUGCCUUGCAUAUCCUUUUCCGCUUCCUGUGUAUUACAUAUUUGGGUUCAGUUGGGAACAAACUCCAUGCGUUUGACUGGGUUAGGGACGGAUGGGAAUGGAACGGAAUGGAAUGGACUGGGAUGGGAAUGGGGAAAAUGCAAAGAAUUGACUUGGGAUGGUGUUAUAUAUGAUCUCGUAGUUAUAAGACUUGGUGUAGUCCCAGGAAGGGAAGGAUGUACUGAUAAUAUAAAUUGCCAGUCUUCAUAUCAAGAACGCCACAUUAGUAUACAAC